AUGGUGGUUUUGGAGUUUUUAAUAUUUUUCAUUGCAUUUUUGGUGUUCAAAUACUUUUGGGAUAAUCGAAAGUUUUUCAAUUUGGCACGCAAAAUUCCUAAAAGCAACUUAGAUUAUUCAUUUCUAACACUUUAUAGCUUUUUGACAGCAGAUACAAAAACAAUUUUCGAAGUAUUUGAUAAAUCAUUCAAAAAUAAAAAAGUUUGCAGCAAGUCGUGGAUUGGACCACUUUUCUUUGUUGGAGUUGUGGAGCCUGAGGAUGUUAAAAUUAUUUUGAACUCUAAAGAAUGCAUUGAUAAGCCAUUCUUUAUGAAGUUCUUGGGCGUCUUGAAAGGCACAAUUUACGGUGACAUUAAGUACUGGCAUUCUCACAGAAAAAUCAUCAAUCCAUAUUUUGGUGCCAAAAACUUGCUGAACAUAAUUCCGAUUUUUAACGAAAAAGUUAAAACUUUGAUGGACAAUUUGCAGACAUUUGAAGAUAAAGGUGAAUAUGAUGUUUUCCAUUCAAUGUCUGCAUUGACAUUAGAAACAAUAAUGAAUGUUAUGGAGUACGAUGUGGACAUCCAGAAUCAGAAAAGUGAAGUUAGAAGUGCUUUUGUUGAGAAUUUAGAAAGAUACUUUGACAUCGUGACAAUCCGUUGCUUCAAAAUAUGGCUUUAUCCUGAUUUUAUCUUCAGACACACAAAAAUGUACAAAGACCAACUCACUUCUAUAUCUAAAAGCAGUUUGAAAUUUACAAAACAUAUAAUUAAUCACAUAAGACAGCAGUUGACAGUCAAAAACGACAGCAAUCAAAAUGAAAAAUCUAAAACAUUUAUUCGAGCUUUAAUGGAUCCAAGAAAUAACUUGUCAGAAGUGGAAAUUGAGGAUGAAGUUAAAACUAUGAUAUUUACUGCUCAAGAUACGUCAUCGACUGUUACAUCAACAGCACUUAUGUUACUUGGAAUGCAUAAAGAUGUCCAACAAAAAGUAGUCAAGGAGCUUCAUGGAAUUUUCGGAAAGACACUUGAUGCUCCGUAUUUGGAUUAUGAGAAGAUUAGCGAACUGCAUUACCUAGAAAUGGUAAUAAAUGAAAUUAUGCGAUUAUUUCCUGUUGUUCCUUUUAUUCUUCGCACGAACUCAACAGACUUAGAGAUCAGCAAUGGAUGCAUCCUGCCAGCAAAAACUAAUAUAGUAAUUCCAAUGUUUGAACUUCAUAGAUCCACUAAAAUUUGGGGCGAAGAUGCUAACCACUUCCGUCCAGAAAGGUUUGAAAAGGAAAACUUCGAGAAUAUUCAUCCUUAUGCCUUCAUUCCAUUUACAAAAGGACCUAGAAUGUGUGUUGGAUGGCGUUAUGCAAUGCUUUUGAUGAAGAUUCAGCUUGCCAAUAUUUUACUGCGUUACGAAGUCGAUACACGAUUAAAGAUGGACGAAUUGGACUUUAAAUUCAAUGGAACAAUGAAAAUCUGUCAAGGAUAUAAAAUGAGCAUUAAAGAAAGAGUGAUUUCUUAAGCUUAUUGAAGAAU